UUUGUAUUUGCCAAUUAUACAUUUACAUAUGAUAUGGCAUUGCGUUGCAAGGAACAUAUUUGUAAGCACGGCUAUGUCUAUGAGACUUAUUACCGAGUUGAUUCGUCGGAUCGUCGACAUUUAAAAAUGGAAGCCGAAUUGUUAUUCGAGAUGCAUCUCGCGAUACUGGCAGGAAGUAACGGACAUAUUCUAUUAUCGACUGUACCUCAGCCGUCAACUAAUGAUCCUGUAUAUGAAAUAGUUAUCGGAGGAGGUAGCAACAGAUUUACGGAACUUCGUCGCAAUCUAAGAAGAAAUGCUCGAGCAUCCUCGAAGACUGUUGGCAUAUUGUCAGCCAUCGAGUUUCGACCGUUUUACAUUAAAGUUUACAAAGAUGGUUUGAUAGAAUUUGGCAAAGAGAAUGAAGUAUUGCCGGUGCUAAGUUAUUUCGAUACGAACCCCUUACCAGUUAAAUACUUUAGUUUCGCUGCGUGGAAUGGAGUCGAAGCUAAAUUUUUAUAUGACUGUCCAGCACCGGGGAGCAAUGAUACAACAGCGACAUCUAAUUCAGAAGCUGUAGAGCGUAAUGAGACGAGUUCGGAUAGUUUGAAGACAUCGUUACUGAUGGGACGAAUGCCCAAUAUACCGCCGACUCAACGAAUGAAUGUAAAACUCGGAAUCAAAGUAACGAGUUUGUUUUACAAUGCGUUAGAUGCGAAGUUAACAACUGGAUUAUCUGUAUUCAUGAGUUGGAUGGACGACAGCAUGGCGUGGAAUCCUAGCAAGUUUAAUGGCACUACAAGUUUGACAUUUCGUCAGGGACAAAUCUGGAGGCCGACAUUCUUCGUUUUCAAUUCUGAUGACUUAGGCAUGCUAGACACAAGUAACCCUGAUCAUAUAUGGAUGGUAUACAGCGGGGAAGCUGUAUUUCAUUUCCAAACGACGAUAAACACGUGGUGUGUGGAUUAUUCGACUAAUUUGAAUAGGUGGCCUCGCGAUGAAUACAAUUGCUCUAUAGUAAUUCAGCCAUGGGACACGUAUGAGCAAAUAUUUCUUAGCAUUCCAAAGUUAGAAGAAAUGGAAGGGUUUACAGAUAUAGACGAUGUGAUACAAAAUGAAUGGGAACUUGAUAUACAACAGUACGUGCUAUCAGCACAGGCCUGGAACAUAGGUGCAACCAUGGAAAACGGCGCAAACGAUAGUACGACGAGUGACAGGUUGAUCAUCAAGAUGAAUCUGAAGAGACGAGCUUCGUCUUAUAAUAUUGUGUUUUACACACCUCUAUUGGUGUUGGCAACAUUCGUUCUAAUGUCAUUUUGGUCCGAGCGGCUGAAAAUGGAUCGUGUGUGGUUUUACGCGGGAACAACGAUCGUCAUUUGCAUGGGACUUUGUUAUAUCGACUAUUUAGUACCAUGCCACACUAUUCCUACAAUAUUGGUGUUGUACACGACUGUACUUGUCGGCGCAUUGAUAGCGACAUUCCUACACGUGCUGUUGAUGACGGAAAUGGCUGAUAGGAUUUGCAAGAAGCCAUUCAUAAGUACUAUUUUACUUCAACGAUGGCUAAGAAUAUUAUUUUGUCUACCUGAAAUUAAGUUGUGCCGAAUCUACGAAACUCUUGGCGAGAGUAACUUGAUGUCGGAAGAAGAUUGUGAUUCAGGGGUCAGUCUCGCGCCUAGAUUGGGCAACGUUGAAGAAAUGCAGUCAGACAAUAUAGAGUUUAAUGCAAGACGAGAAAUAGCAGAGGUGUUCGAUAAAACUAUGUUCUUUGUUUAUUCUAUAACUUUUUCUGUAAUGCUCAUUUUACAUUAUUAAUAAAUAUUUUAGUUAGUUAUUUAUUGGUCUUUAGUUUGAUUAUAUUCAUUUUGUUGACAAAUUUUACAAAUAUAUUCAAUAUAUGAGAGAUGUCUCACGUACGAAUUGUCAUCGCGUCCAUAUUGCAAUGUAAUUUUGCGAUACGCGGCUUUGUAACGUUAUCAAUCAAAAUAUUAAAAUUUAUGCAGUGCCCCCACCGGAUGUAAAGAACACUAACAAAUCUAAAAUAAUUUUUGACAUAUUUUCGAUGAUACGAACGCGUGUGUCGCAAUUAUUCGUGCUACACCCUCAAAGAGGUCAGAUAAAAUCCAUUCGUUUCGAAGCAAUUCAAUAGCGAACUUCAAGAAUGUAUGGAACUUACGCGCGACAAUCACGUGACUUAUCGAAAAUUAUUGUCAGUUUCCAUUGAUAGUUAUGGAAUCGCUUCGGUCCGAAUACACUUUGUCUAAACCCCAGAUCUGUGAGUUUCCAGAGACCUUGACAAAGCACUUUAACAAAAUUAUUUUGUCAUCGCUCUCAUUGUCUUUUAAAAAGAAUAGGAUGACAAUAUGUUUUUAUAUGUAUUUCGGCCGCAGAUAUUCAUGGUUAGAAUGUCUCUCACAUGUCUUUUAGCAAAUAAAAAAAUAAAAUAUGUGUAUAAAAUAAUAAACGUUAUAAUAAGUGCUUUUAUAAUAAAUACUUUAAUUUUCCUUUGAGCUAUUAUAAUAACUUGAAAAAGCUUCUCAUUUUAUACGAAAAUAUCCUUUCCGUGAGCCGGGAACCCCCACAAGGCAAGGUCAAACAUUUAUGCAAUAAAGGACUCAUUGUUAAAAUAAAAUAAAAACAUUGGCUUAAAAAGUUAGCCGCGAAUCCUCAU